GCGGCGAGUGCGGCUGCGGCGGCGCUGGCACUGACGGCGCCUGGCGGCGCUGCCGCCGCGGCCGUGCCAGAGCGUCCCAGCGGCGGCGACGCCGGCGUCCUCGAUGCGCUGCUGCCCCCGCCGCUCCGCCUGGAGGAGCUCGAGGACGCCGACUGCCUCGAGGAGCCCGGCUCCGAGGCGCUGCUGCAGCUGAUGUCCGAGUUCUGCCGGGUGCUGGAGGACGCGAUGCCCGCGCUCGCCGCGAGCAGCGGCGUGGCGGGCGCCGCCGCCGCGGGCGGGCGGCGCGAGGGCGCCUGGCGGGAGGUGAAGGCCUGGGCCGACGGGGCCGCGCCGCUGCUGCUGCAGCUGUCCGGCAAGGUGUUCGCGAAGCCCUACUGCGAGCCCGGGAAGGUGGCCGGCGCCGCGGUCACUUGCUUGCUCUUCCUGCUCGAGCGGCCGUGGGAGCAGGAGCCAGCGGAGCGGAGCUUGGAGUGCGCCAGGGAGGCUCGAGGAGUAGAAGAGCAGGAGCAUCAGAUUUCGGAGGUCCACGCGGAUUCUUUGGAUCUCGCUGGACCCCACUUCUUUGUCGCGCGGUGCGCGCCAGGGGCGGUGCCAGAGGCGCCGCCAGGGGUGGCCAGCGCAGGUGCAAGAAAUCCAUGCGGAAUUGUGACAGUCUGUGCUUAUAUGCCGUCUGCUCUUCGUCUUGAGGUGCAGGCCAUGCUGGAGGCCACCGCGCCCACUGAGGGUGGCAUGUUCGACACGCGGCUGCACACUUUCUUGCGCAGCCCGUGGCCGGCCUUCCGUUUGCUGGACCUGCUUGUCAGGUUGUUCCCUUCGGACCCCGAGUCGGCCGAGGCCGAGCUCGGAGCCUGCAGGCCGAACGUGGACAUCUAUGGAGAGCGGUCCGAGUUGGACUGGCCUUGGUUCCGAGAGUCUCUCGUCUCCGGUUUGGACUCCGUGAUGGCGGACCCGCGCCAUUUGGCGCUCGACCCGGCAGAAGGCCCACUGUCCGAGCAGUACCGCAUGCGAUGGGCCCGCAUGUAUGAAUCGGCUUCCUUCAGAGAUGCCGCUGCUUUUUCGUUCAACGCAUUUUACACGUAUCGCAGACAGCAGUGGGAGUGUGGCUGCAGUCCUGGUAUCGCCGCGGCAUACAUAAUGCAGGUGGUGAGCUUCUCAUUCAGAGACCGGGAGGCCUGGCUUCAGCGAUACGUCAGCGCCACGUGGAGGCUGGUGGUGCUGCUGACGCCGCUGCCGAGCCUGCUCCUGUCAGACUGGCCUGUCUUCCGCGCCCUGCACCUGGCGAGCCUCUUGGCGCGGCGCGGGGCAUCGCAGUGGAUCCUCGGCGACGAGCCGCAGGCGGGCCGCCUGCCCGCCGAACAGCUGCAGGGCGCCGUGCGGAGCGCGCUCGGGAGCCUGGCCUCCUCCGCGGGCCGGCUGCCCCGCGCGGUGUACGUGACCGCCGCAUGGGGCGCGCACGCCGCCUCCGCGGAGUGGGCGGCCGUGCCUCUGCCUGCCCUCGUCUUCCUCGCCCUGGACGCACGGGCGGCGGAGGCCUGCUCGCAGCAGCGGCGCCACCGCGAGGCGAGCAUGAUCCGGUGCAUCGAGGUCCCGGCCCGCUUCGGCGUGGAGCCGUGCGUCGCGAAGUACGUCGCCCUGGCCGUGGCAGCGCAGAGCGGCUCUCUUGCUGCGUGGCUCGACUUGGACGUCUAUCUCCCAGCUGACCCGACGGCCCGGUUGGAGCAGACGAUGAUUCUCGCCGACAUGCCUCCAGUGGCGCUCGCUGGGUUCCUAGGCUCGCGGUCCUUAAGCCCAGGGAUAGUCGUGGCGAACGGAGCGGAGGGAGCGGCAGUUGUGCUGCGGUACGCAUCUUGGUUGUACGAGCAUCCCUACAUUCUGGAUCAUCAAGGAUGGGACUUGUUCCUCCAGAAUGGCGACGGGGACUUCUCUGGCAGCGUGGACUACAAGGGCCGCAACAUCACCUCUGCCCCGAAUGACGGCCUGCACCUCUCCUUCAAACUUGCACGGCCGACCACUGAAGUGGCACCCAGGUACGCAGUGUUGGGCCGCGAGUUCGCCAGCGGGGACGGUUGGCGAGGCUCGAUCGAGCGCUUGGCUGCGUUCCACUUCUGGGGUGCCGUGGAGACCCAGGCCGAGCUCUUCAGCACCUUCUACCCUUUCGCCGGCAUCGGCUUCUCUGAGCCCGCGCGAGCAGUGCUGGUGCGCUAUAAUCGGGCCCCGGCAUCGGGCGAUGCGGCCAGCGUCGCUGCCAGGGCGAAGCCUCACGCCCACGUCACGUCGAUCAGCUACGCACACGGCUGCUGCGCCAAAUCUAUAGCGAGGAACCGGCAGACCGCCCUGGACGUUGGCGUGGACGACGCGCGCUCGUACGGGUACGCGGACCUAGACCCCGCGUGGGCGGAGCGCAACGCGGAUGUGUUGUCCGCCCCUAAGGGAGCUGGCUGGUGGCUUUGGAAGCCACACGUGAUAUUGCGCACUUUGCUGGAUGAGGCGGUGCCUUGGCACUCUGGUGUGGUGCUCUGGCUCGACGCAGGCAACUUCUUCAUUGGCGACCCCCGUCCUCUGAUUUCGAGUGCAUUGAGGGGCUCGGACGUCUCAGCAAUGCGCCUAAAGUGUUGCGUGGAAAACGAGUGGACGACUGGUGUUGCCUUGCGGCGACUUGGUGGCAUGGGCUAUGUGGUCGCAGACAGGGCCCGGUGGCGGAUCGUCCGCAAAACGCCAACGGCGGUGGCCUUCGUUGAGGAGUGGCUGCGCCUGUCGGAGGAUCCCGAGAUCAUCACCGACAACGGCAGGGGCGUCCGGCCGGACGACGCGCACGGCUUCCAGCGCCACAUGGCCGACCAGAGCUCAUUCUCCGUGCUGUUCAAGCGCUGGGGCUUCGAGGCGAUAUCGCUUGAGGAGGGGCACCAGGUGGUGCAGUUGGACCGGUGGCGAGAGUAG